GGCUCCACUGAAUUUUUGACAUGAGCAGUCCCAAGGGUAUCUCGUCCACCUCGCCAGGUCUGCCUCCCGUCCUGGUGAUCUCCAAUCCCUCGCCGGGCCAUACUGCAACAUCCAGCCUCAAUGUGCGAAAGACCAUGAAGCGCAAGGCCGAGAACGAACGCAGCACUGCUGCGGCCCUCCGUGGGCCGAAGAGAAGCUGCAUCGAAGAUCCUGAUUCUUCAUACCCUGUGGAUCUCCUGGACGACGGUGACGACGACUACGUCGACAACGAUGACGCCUCAGAGAGCGGCUCCCACUACGCCGCCACCCAGACGUCGACUCGUGCUGCCGACACACCGCUCACGCCGCUCUCUCCUGCUCGCAAGUUCCCGUCGGAAUUCAAGACGAUCAAGUGCACCUUCCCCGGCUGCGACAAGGCAUACAACCGACCUGCACGCCUAGCUGCGCACCUCAGAUCACAUUCGAACGACAGACCUUUCCGCUGCACAUAUCCAGACUGUGACAAGUCGUACAUCGAGGAGAAGCACCUCAAGCAACACAUCAAGGGCUCACACACCAACGAGCGCGAGCAUGUCUGCCAGGAACCAGACUGUGGCAAGAGCUUCUUGACAGCGACGCGGCUGCGGAGGCACCAAGCCGUACACGAGGGCCAGGAGCGCUUUCGAUGUCGAGAUUACCCGCCCUGCAACCAGACCUUCCGCAAGCACCAGACCCUCCAACGCCACAUUCGCUCUGACCACCUGAAAGUCUCGCCGUUUCCGUGCAACUACAAAGACGAAGAGACUGGAGUCGUCUGCAAGGCAGGCUUCGAGAACUCUGGAGCUUUGCGGCGGCACCAGGAGCGCGAACAUGGCGAGCUGAGGUUCUGGUGUGACGAGUGCAGCAAGGGCGCUGCAGGGGAGAGGGGAUCUCCCGGACGGGCGGGUUUUCCAUCUCUGGCUCUGCUGCAGGCGCACAUCAAGACUGCACACGUGGCUUGCAUGUUCUGCGGCGAGAUGUGCAACGGCCGAGAAUCCCUGGAGGAGCAUAUCGAAGUGCAACACUCGACACAGUCGACAGGCGGCGAGCGGAAGCGAGUCAGCUGCUCGUGGCCCGGGUGCAAGAAGACGUUUGCCAAGCAAGCGAACCUCAACGUCCACGUCCGCAGCGUCCACGAAGGGCAGCGCUUCAUCUGUGGCCAGGUGGACCUGUCCGGCACCCCAGACAUCUGCGCGUGGCCGCAGGACGACGGCUGCGGCGAGAGCUUCACCACCAAGGCGAACCUCGAGAAUCACGUCCGCUUCGUCCACCUGAAGUUCCAGCGGCCCGAGCGGGAACGACACUCGGAAGCAUCGAGGAGCGCAGCCAACCCUCUGCUGGACGCCCUGUCGGGAAGCGGCGCGAGCUUCCGGCAUACCAUAGCCUGCACUGUGGAAGGCUGCACGUUCAAGCUCGCUACAGCCGGCGAGCUCGAAGGGCAUCUGCAGAAGGAGCAUUCGCUCUUCAUGCCCACCAUGCACGAGACCCUCGAGAGCACGAGCGACCAGCUCAUACUAGACGCCACGGCCAUGAGCCCUGCUGCUGCUGCUGCGGCUGCUAUCAACGCUGCCGCCCAUGAUGCUACGGCAUCACUCUGGGAUAACGAAAAGGUCGAUCUCGACGACACCUUCUGGUAUGGUGGUGAUAUCGCCGGACCAGACUUUGCAACGCCGACUUAUGACGACGAAUGGAUGCGCGACGAGGCAGAGAUGAGACAGCUUAUUGGCGAUUCAGUGAGCACGGGCAACCACAGCAUCGCCCAUAACACUGACGCGGGAGGAGACAUCUCAGCGCUCGUGGAUCCCGCCUUAGGUGCCAUGCAAUGAUGAUCAGAGCGGAAAGAUUUGGCGUGUCGCAAAUGAUCGGAGAAAUAGCGAAGGGAGCCCCGGUGGGAUGGAAAGGCCUAUGAAGCAGAUCUGCAUGCUUCAAGGAAAGCACGUAUAAUGAGAGCACGAUAUUAUGACACAAACACAAAAGAGCACACAUUGUAGCAGCUAUGCAUGGAAGAGGGCACAUAGACUCACGACAAGAAAAUCCGAGAGAGAGGUAACGGGGAUCGAAUACAACACAAACUUUGCAGGCAUCUUUGCCGAGCUCACUCAU